CUUUAUCCCAAAGUCAAACAGAGCACUCUAAUUUGAUGGCUUUGACUGUCCAUGGCCAUCCCUUUAAAACCAAGAAGAUGAACCAUACUUACCCAUAACAGCUACUUUCCAGUGAGCCAGAAAACCACCCAAAAAAAUGUCAAAAACCAUGCAUUUGGCCAAAUCUAUGUCAGCUUUCAUCUUUCUGGUGACAAUAUUAUCGCCGGCGCCGGCAGUUUCAGUAAUGCAGCCAGGUCCGAAUUGCACCACCACAUGCGGCGGUAUCAACAUCCCUUUCCCCUUUGGCACAACCCCAGAUUGCUAUCUAAAUCCGACUUUCCUUGUUGUAUGCAACGAAACCCAUUUCAAUCCUCCCAAACCAUUUCUAAGUAAUAGAACCACCGAUCCAUUCGAAUUGCUGGACAUAAUGCUCGAUGGCCAACUGCGUGUCUCAUCACCCGUCUCUCGUUAUUGCUAUAACCAGACCGGGGGUGUGAUUAGAAAUGAGACCAAAAACGUGAUCCAAGAACUUCCAGUGAAUUUCUUCUUCUCCGACACGAAAAACAAGUAUAUUGGUGUCGGUUGUGAUACAGUUGUUGUAGUUCUAAGCUUAAGAAAUACUAGGUAUGCUACUGGUUGUAUAUCUCUCUGCAAUACUCCUCAGGCUGUUAUCAAUGGAUCUUGCACUGGUUUCGGUUGUUGCGAGACUUCAUUACUCAAACAAACUAGAGUUUAUGGAAUUGGAAUAUUCAGUAUAGAGAAACAUGUCAAAGUAUGGGAAUUUGAUCCUUGCAGCUACACUUUUAUUGGCGAAAUUGAUGCUUUCAACUUUUCAUUAUCCGACAUUCGAGGACUUUUAGAUAGGAAGAGUUUCCCUGCUAUGCUGGAUUGGGCUAUAGGGAAUAAGACUUGCGAAGAAGAAAGGAGGAAUUCUUCGAGUUUUGCUUGCAUGGCGGCAAAUAGUGAUUGCAUUGAUUCUACAAACGGACCUGGCUAUUUCUGCAAUUGCUCUUCUGGGUAUCAAGGAAAUCCUUAUCUUGUUAAUGGCUGUCAAGGUAUGGACCUGAUCAAUGUUAAUGAAUGCCAAGCUUCAAAUCCUUGCUAUUUGAAUUCAACCUGCGCGAAUUCAGUGGGGAGUUUCUCAUGUUCUUGUUUGGAAGGAUUUGAAGGAGAUGGUUUGAAAAACGGAACAGGCUGCAGUCCAAAGAUCAAGUCUAAUGAUUCUACAACACUAAUCAUUGUUCUAAGUGUUACAAUUGGUCUCUUAGUUCUGGUAGUUGCAGGAUCUUUUAUAUAUUGGAUUCAAAGAAAAAGGAAGAUCAUAAAGCUUAGAGAAAAAUUCUUUCAACAAAAUGGAGGUUUGUUACUACAACAGAAGCUCUCACAAGAUGAAUCCUCGUCGAGCAAUCAAACAACAAGGAUUUUCACUAUCGAGGAUCUCAAGAAGGCGACGAAUAACUAUGGUGAAGAUAGAGUUAUCGGGCAAGGAGGUUUCGGAACCGUGUACAAAGGAGUAUUGCCCGAUGACAGAGUUGUCGCCAUUAAGAAAUCUAAGAUAAGUGACGAAAGCCAAACAGAGCAAUUCGUUAAUGAAGUAAUCAUCCUCUCGCAAAUCAAUCAUAGGAACGUGGUGAAGCUUAUAGGAUGUUGUCUAGAAACUGAAGUCCCUUCUUUAGUUUAUGAGUUCAUCUCGAAUGGAACUCUUUCGGAACGCAUUCAUGAUAAAGAUUCUGCAUUCUCUUUGCUCACGUGGGAUAUGCGUUUGAAGAUAGCUGCAGAUACCGCAGAAGCAUUGGCUUAUUUGCACUCGGCAGCUUCUAUCCCGAUCAUCCAUAGGGAUAUCAAAUCCGCUAAUAUACUCUUGGAUGACAUGUAUACAGCCAAAGUUUCUGAUUUCGGGGCUUCGAAACUGAUUUCUGCAGAUCAAACAGAAUUGGCUACUCUUGUUCAAGGGACUUUCGGUUAUUUGGACCCUGAAUAUUUCUUUUCAAACCAAUUAACGGAGAAGAGCGAUGUUUAUAGCUUCGGGGUAGUCUUGGUGGAGCUGCUAACGGGUGAAAAGGCGUUAUCUUACGACAGACCUGAAAAACAGAAGAACUUGGCCAUGCAUUUUGUUUGUUCGAUGAAAGAAGACCGACUAAUAGAAAUUCUCGACAGUAAAAUUGUUAACAAUGAAGGUGUCGAACAGAUGAAUGGAGUGGCGAAGAUUGCCCAAAGAUGCUUGAGAAUGACAGGGGAUGAGAGGCCUACCAUGAGAGAAGUGGCAAUAAUGCUUGAAGGUCUAAUGAAAACAGAGAAACAUCCAUGGGACGAAUUCAAUUCUUACCACGAAGAAACUAAGUUACUUCUAGACAUAGAUUAUGACGGGGUUCUUGGUGAUGAAAACGGUUAUUCGGAAAGCGCAGGUUUUAAUAGUUUGAAAGACCGAAUGAUUGAUAGAUUAGAUGGAGGACGUUAG